AUGAGUAGCGUCUCGGACGACUCUACGAAGGGCAAAAAUGAAAGAAAGCACCCGAUGUUAGACCCAAAAGAAGCGUAUGAAUUCGAAAAAGCUCUCCGUGAAAUGGAAGAGCAUGACAUGGGACGAGGGGAACCGGAUGAGUUUGACGAAUGGGAUGACCAGCAAUAUGCUCCUGCUUUCGUCGCGGGCUACGAAACGUACGAGAAAGAAGAGUACGUCCCAGUUUUGGAGAAUAAGAAUGAAAAUGUAACAUCUGACGAGUAUAUUCCUGUGGCAAUCACUCCUCGGGCCUGCGAUCAGAUUUCUGAGCAGGAGAUAAAACCUGGAGAUGCUAGCUCUUCGUCAUCUGAGGAUGAAGACUAUGAAAAAAUGGUCGCAGAGUUCCGGCCCAAAGUCGAGAAAGUUCGGGAAACUCUUACCCCAGAAGAAAAAAAUGCUUUUGCCUCUCCCUGUGGGAAACAUGACUUGAAGCCCUCCGAGCUCCCUCCCAUCCCUGAUGUCUCCGGCAUGACGAUCCCCGACUGUGCCAAGAUCGAGUUAUUAGGGCAUAUUUCAAGCAUCAUGUUCGAGCCAUCGAUUUUGGCGAUCGUUGCUUCAACAAACACCUCUGGACAGCCUCUUGAUCAGGGGUCUGUGGUUUUCCGUAAAGAUCGAAUUCCUAUUGGGGUCCUGUUCGAGACAUUUGGUCCCGUCAAAAGUCCUUUCCACUCCAUCCGAUUCAAGUCCAAGGAUUAUGUCAAUUCUUUCAAUUUGCAGGUCGGUGAUGAAAUUUAUUUCGCCCAUGAGUUCGCUGUAAAAGUCCAAGUCGAGAUGCUCAAAAGGCAAAAAGGUUGUGAUGCUUCAUGGCAAGACGACGAGGAAUGUCCCACUAAGUUUCUUGACCAUUCUGACGACGAAGCGGAACAAAAAUCUAAGGCCGAAAGGAAAGCCGCUGCGAGGGCUAAGCGUGGUGAACAAGUCGAAAAGCAACCGAAGAAGAAAGAUAUAGACCCAGAUUUGUCGGUCUAUAUUUGUGGACUUCCUGUCGACUUUAGGGAGUCAACAAUUAAAGAUCUGUUCAAUGGCAUCGGAAUAGCUACAAAAAAGGUGAAGCUGUUACGAACGGCUACUGGAGAGACCCGUUGCGCAGCGAUCAUUAACCUCCGCUCAUGCGACGAUGUUUCCAAAUCCAUUGAAAAAUUAAAUAUGCGGAUUACUCUUCCCGGGGCCCAAAUGCCUCUUGCCGUCAAGCAAUAUGAAGAGCGAAAGAAUAGCACUGGUGACCUGGAUAGACCUACCGGGCAAGAUUACAAGGUCACAUUUGCGAGUAACCGAUCUACCAUCACGCGAGGUACAAAAAGGACUUACUGCAUCGGUCCCGAAAAGGAAGCAAACUCAAAAACUCAGCAUACACUUCACAGUGUGCAACCAGACACAGAUGGUGUUAUCGGGGUUGAUCAUGCGUUCGUCAAAAAGGUCGACCCCGCGAGUUUCACCAAAAGCUCUAAUUCGCCUCGAGCUUCUAUCGUCCUUACUGGCGCAAAGGGAAAGAAAGAGGCAGAAAACUCGUCUAAAAUGAAAACAGAAACUGAGGACGUCUUUAGCUGGGGUGCUGAGGUGUCACGGACAACAAAAAAUCCGUACGCAGCGAAGAGAUCUUUACCUCCAGAACUUUUGAAUCCUGAGGCCCACCCUUCGCCUUAUGAUGAUCCCAAGCGUAAAAAACGUAGAACGGGUGCUCAAGGUGUGGUGACCCCGUCGGCGAACUCGAGUAUGAAUGGUCUAAACCCACCGCAAUCACAUCCUAUCCCCCAGCAGAUACAGGACAACAUCUCAGUCCCAGACCAACUUGUUGGUCUGAUCAUCGGGAAGAAUGGCGAGCAAAUCAAUCGGAUUCAACAAGAAACCGGUUGCCGCGUUCAAAUUGUCCCCAAUUCUACUGGAGGAAGUGAGAGACCGUGUACGUUGACCGGUACGUUUCAUCAAGUUCAUCACGCAAAACAGAAGCUGAACGAAAUUAUAACGAGGGGAGGACCACGUGAAAAUGGGAUGAGUUAUGGACAUGGGGAGAACAAGCACCAGGGACAGAUGCAGACUGAGAUGCAGAUACCGCCAGAUAAAUGUGGGCUCAUCAUUGGCAAAGGGGGUAAUACGCUCAAGCAAUUGAUGCAGGAGUUCAAUGUGAAGCUUCACCUUGUACAGGAGUCAGCUGAAAUCACUCGAGAAGAAAAACCGUUGAAGAUCAUUGGGACACCGCAAGCGGUUGAGGCGGCCAAAGGCGCCAUUAUGAAUCUGAUGGCUCAGAAAGACGGUUCCAAACCAGCAACAUCAAUCAUAAAUACGAAAACUGUUGGCCAUUCAAUCGAAGUUUCGGUUCCCAAAGCCGCUGUCGGAGUUGUCAUUGGAAGAGGUGGCGAGAAUAUUUCCAAAAUUCAAAACGAGACAAACACGAGGAUCCAGUUUAAAACCGACGAUCCCACUCAGGACGUGCGCUCAUGCUCUAUCAGCGGCACUCCUGAAGCUUGUCAAAUGGCGAACGAUAGAAUCUCUGAAAUUGCGCGCCAAAAAUUGCAGGAGCAGCAUCCACCUCUCCAUGGCAACAGUGAUUCAAGUUUCAUGCAAGGACAACACUGUGUCGAAUACCCUGUUCCAGCUAGCCGGGCCGGCGUCGUCAUUGGAAAAGGCGGCGAAAAUAUUCGCCUGAUCAAGGAGAACUCUGGAGCGUUUGUUCAAAUCGAGAAAAAUGCUAGCGACAAGGGUGAUAAUUGGAAGACCUUUAUCAUCCGUGGGACGGAGCAACAAAUCCAAGAAGCCCAGAAACUUAUUCAAGAUAAGGCUGGAAUCGGUCCGCCAAAUACGCAUAGCCAAGCAUCGCAUAACAUGGAUCAUUUUCAGAUCCAUGGGAACUCGCAUACAGGCCCUGGUACUCCUACGCAUCAGAUGCCUCAGACUCCUAAUCAGGGAAUGAUUACUCAGUUGACAAAUCAAGUGAAUAAUCUCUCGCUACAUCCGAAUCCUGGCACGCCCGGUCCACCUCCACCAAGCAAUCAGCCUGGUAUUGGCGGGCCGUGGCCUCAAGUCGACCAGCAUCCAGAUUCAGUCAAUCAAGGAUGGAAUCAGUAUCCCAUGUAUGGAGGCCAGCCAGCAAACGGAUGGCAACCUUGGAACACUGGAAACAACCCUCACCAACAGCCCAGAAGUCAGCAACAGCAGAAUCUCUCGAGCCAAUGGGCGCAAUAUUAUGAGCACGCCAAAAUACAAGAUCAUCAUGCUCACUCUUACCAGCAGCCGCAUAUGAUUCAUCAGCAGAACUCGCAGCCCAACAUCUCGUCGGCUGAUCCUGCACAGUGGAGCGAUCCCUACCGUGGUCAUAUGAGUACGGGCUACCACCCCGGACAAGGCUACCCUGGCAAUACGAAUCAGCCAAACUUCCAUCCGGGCGCUUAUCAGGACCUUGGACUCAGUUCGUUACUGGAUAACAGUCUUGAAGCAAAACUCAAUCUCUCAGUGUGCUCAGACUCUGAAUUCGACCCCUUCGAACCCUACGAGCCUUACGAUCCUGCGCUUGACAGCUCACGUUUCACCCCGCAAUCGCAGUGCUAA